AUGGGAAGCAAGCAUUGGGUGCGGUACCGGUACAGCUGUGGGCCCGAGUUUGCACUGCCCCGUCCAAGCAACGCCGGUCUCUUGUUGUUCCUGGGCAUUUCGCCCAUCACAGCUCUUUGCCAACAAGACUCCGAUACAAAUUUUUCACUUGGCAGCUUUUCUAGGGCGCUUCGACGGGUCCCUUGGCUAGAACGUCGAAUCUGGCAGAUCGCAGCGAGUGAUGUCUGCCGUGACCGUGUAUCAGACGGACAAGGCCGUGAAGAUGCCGUGCGGCGGAGUUGA